AUGCCUGUGUCCGAAAAUCAAGUACUCUCUAAUGCACCGGUGGAAAGGGUCACCGAUGCGAAACCCUUUACAAGCCCUAACCCUAGGACAAGUGCCGUGCCCAAAUAUUUUGAACAAGGCCAAGAGAGCUCCAUUGGAGACACAGGCGGCAAGUCCCCUAAUACCCAAAGCCGAGCAUCUUCAACAACUCGCUCCUCGACAACAACAACAAGUUCCAUUGGCAGCAUCGACGACAUCGAACAUUUGAUGACAACCUUAGUCGGACUCAUAUGUAAAAUGACAAUCUUUCCGGAUGCAACGGUCGCUGAUGUCAGGAGCACUAUGCGAGCUCUGGAAGAGAAAAACUUGGAGGACCGGUCAGCAGUUUUGGUGGUCAUCUUGAGUCUGUGCCACCAGUACGAAACAAUUGCCGCCAGAGAUGGAGACUACAAUAUCGAUAAUGAGAUCAUAUUUCCACUCUUGCGCAUUAGAACGCUGCUCAACAAGCCGAAAAUGCUUUUCGUUCAUGUAACCAAGGGCUCCAGGGAGCUGGACGCAUUCUGGGAAGAUAUAGAUUCAGUUAAGGUAAUAUAA